AUGGACAAGAAGCGCAACCGGCCGCCGCGGCGCCGGGCACCGCGUUCGCCUUCGCCAGCGGACCGCGAGCGGAGCGCGUCGGGAGGGACAGGCGGCGGAGGCACGUCGGGCGGCUCGGGCGCAUCGACGACAACAGGCAAUGGAGCAAGCGGUGAUAUUGAUGUGACAAGCGGUAGUGGUGCUGAUGGAUAUGGCGAUGCUCAUGGCGAUCGCGAGGUCGGAGAUGGCCGGGAUGGCGCUGCCGGCGAUCGUGGCGAUGCUGGCGCUCCGCAGGAUCCGCUGGCGGGCGCCGGCGACUAUGUGUAUCCGCUGCUCUCGGCGCCAGGCGCGUUUGAUCCCCUGCCUGAUGGGUGUGACCGCAAGGCGAGUGCUGAUGGCAAGUACAAGGUGGUGUACGUUGGCGAGACGUACGACUUUGGCGGCGUGGUCAUGCGCCAUGGCCUCGGCACCUUUACCGACGGCGCCACCGUGUACAAGGGCCACUGGCGCAAGGACGCCAUGCACGGGCCCGACGGCCGCAUCGAGUAUGCAUCGGGUGCCGUCUACGUCGGCGGCUUUGUCGAUGGCAUGUACCAGGGCCACGGUGUCUACACCUGGCCGUCGGGCGCUUACUACAAGGGCGACUUUCACAACAAUCGCAUGCACGGCAUCGGCGUCUACGUCGACGCCACUGGCUUUGCCUGGCACGGUGAGUUUUACAACAACCGUGGGCCUGGCCUCGUCCAGCACUUUCUCGACGCCGAUGCUGCAGACCCUUAG